AGUUGUCACCACGACGUCGGCAGAGUCGCAUUGCGUGUUAUGGUCGGUCUGCCGGUUAACGACCGGUUGUGGAGAACGCUCCAAUUAUUGUUACAGUGGUGCGGAUCGUUUUUCACGAGAAUAUUUGUGUCCAAAGCGUGUCGCAGUGUGAAAAUAGUAAAAAAAAAACGUCUUGGCAUUUCUCGGGAAUCAACCUGAAAUCUAAUUUCGGUCUCACGUGGUUACCAGUUUUGUUGAGAAUGGUUCGUGUGCAAGUACAUAAUCAAUUCAUAGAGCAAUGAAUUAUACAGAAAUUUGGCAGUUUAGUUUUUUAAUAUAGUUUGCUUGUGGAUUGGAAGAUAUUAGUGUUAAAAUUUGAUCUAAAAUAAAGUAUAUUACGCAAGAUGUAUGUCAAGACAUUUAUGGAGUGACGGAUGCGCAACGCACGUGACCGAGCACGUGAAUGCGGAUGUCGGGAAAAUCGUCAAUCUUCUAUUUCGUAUCGUCUCGCAAGACUAUUAUCCCUGAUCAUCCUUGUUUUAUGCACAAACGCAUCUCUCACAACUCUAGUACGUGACUUACGACGCAUCGGACGGGAUUAGGAAAAAGGACCCUUCCGAAAUUGCCGACUGAUUUGGCAUGAUUCACCGGACGUGGUGGAAGAAGGGAGAGUGACCUACGGAGGACGUCCUACGUGUUGCGCGCGCAUCCCUUAGGGACACCGUUUCACGGCACGAGCACGAUGCAGCCCGAUGAAGAGAUUCAGUAUGCGCCGAAGAGUCGGCCGGUGAGCUUUUACGACAAUUACAAGGACGUACCGGCGAUGUCGGCAUGCGUCACGUCCGCUAUGAGCGUGGGCAAUUUGAAUCAUGACGGCAAUGGCACAUCCACCAUGUCUCAAAGUAAUAACAACAACAAUAGCAACAAUAAUAACAAUAGGGUCAAUAGCGCCAUUAGCGCGGGCAACGUAUCGAAGAUUCACACUGUCAAAGUUAUGGGUGCAGUGUCAACCGGGAACAUUGGGCGAGUCUGCCGCGGCGACAAAGAGAAGGAGCUCGAUCGAGCACCCUCGAUGGCAAACUGCUUGUCAACCACGGUUCCUGUCAAUCUAGCCGCUUCUCAAAUAGCCGGUCGACAUACGCCCACGCGAAAUUCUCUGAGGCACAGCAGGAUGAUCAUGAUGCAUCGGACCGGCCAUCGCCCGGAAAAGUUUUUACCUCCUUUGGUGUAUCAUCGACGAAUAGCCCGAUGCCUGGCGGCGUUGCAAACCAUCUUCGGCAUCGCGGUGACUUCCCUGUCAUUAUGGCUGCUACUUUGGGCACCGCACCUUCCUGUCACGGACAAUCCAUACUGGAGCGGCAUGCCUCUUCUGAUGUCGGGAAGCUUCGGGAUUUGCCUUCUAUGCUGUUUCAAGAAGGAAUAUCCGGGUAUGAAUCCUGGAUUUUGUCUUUCCGGUACGAAGGUGCUUAGUGUGCUUUUGGCGGUGCUGGCGACCGUCGCGUGUAUGAGCGCAUGUAUAUUCUCCACGAUGCACUUGUCGCGUCUCAUGAGUCUGGAAUGUACUCCGCCGCGGGUAUUGAAUGCCACGUGCAUAUGCAGGCCACGUGACGAGUUGACUAAUUCACUCGAAGGUGUAGUCAGAUACAUGGAUCUUAAUUGUCCCGAAGUAGAAAAUAUCUUGACGAUCCUCCUCAUUUUCUCAUGCACUUGCAAUGGAUUAGGCGUCUUCAUAGCGGGAUGGUACACUUACUUACAUUGGAGCACGAGAUACAAGAGGCCAAAGUAUCUACAAGUUAGGACCAAUACAGUUUCCAGCAAGAUCAGUAAUAGACCGAUCUACAAAUCAAAUCUGGAAGAACGAUGACGCUUGUAGAUGCUAUAUAACGACCGAAGUGCGUUCGUUUUGUUGUGAUCCGCCGACAUUUUCCACAUAACUUGAUCAACAAUUUUACAUAUACAAUGAAAUAUGAACAACUGUGAAUAAAUUUUAAUUUGCAUUAAUUCACUAACAGACACCGUUAUUCUGAUAAACGAGAUAUCAAAAUGAUCUGAUUUAAUAAAUAAAUUUAAAUACAGAUAUUAAUUAAUUACAGUGUUUUAAUAUUAUUUUUUUAACAAGAUGACGAUAUCGUUAUGACAAUAACGAUUGAAAGAUGUUACACUACUUAACAGAUAUGUAUUUUAAGAGUUAUUUGUGGAAACAUACUUUUUAUAAAAAUAUGGGUAAAGAAAUUUUAAUUGACAAGCUGGAACAUUGUCAUUCUAAACAUGACAACAAUUUUACAGAAAGUGGCAUAAUAAAUGAAAAGAAAAAUUGUGUGUGCAUAAUUAAAAACUAAUAAUAUUAAAAUACAUAAAUGGAUCACACUAUACGAUGGCGCAGUAUAUUAUAAACACUUCGAGAGUCGUUAAUUAGUGCUCAUUUUUUUUAUUAUGGAGGCUCAGUAUUUGUUUAAACAUAAUGUGUGUAUUUAUACGUGUAUGUACGUGUGUCUGACUGCGCGUUUGUCUUCCAAUGUGAAAAGAAUUUAUGGAAGCGAACAGAGAAUAUUGAUAUUCAUAUCCAUUUAUAUAUUAGAAGUAUAUACAUAAUAUACAAUAUUUAUAAAUAAUUAUAAUA